AUGAGUACUACAGAGAGGCAGUCUGAAGAUCUGGGCUUAGACCAGUCCAGCCAACUCGAAAAGCAGGAUGCGGUUGACUGGGAUGGUCCUGACGACCCCGCCAAUCCGCUCAACUGGUCCCAGGCGAAGAAGAACAUGCACGUCAUUUUCGUGAGCGUUUUUACGCUCUAUGCAAAUCUAGCAGCCACGAUGUUUGCUCCUGGGGCCGAGCAAUUGAUAUCUGAAUUCCACAUCGCCAACUCAACCAUCGAAGCCAUGACAGUCAGCAUCUACGUCUUAGGAUUUGCCGUCGGCCCUUUGAUCUUAGCACCCUUAUCGGAACUGUACGGUCGUCUGGUUAUAUACCACAUUUGCAAUAUUUUCUACUUUGCAUUCACCGCUGGUUGCGCCUUUAGCACGAAUGUGUCCAUGUUCCUCGUCUUCCGAUUCAUCUGUGGUUGUGCGGCAUCGGGACCCAUGAGUAUUGGAGGCGGAACAGUUGCAGAUGUAACUUUGCCAGAGGAUAGGGGGAAGGCUAUGGCCCUGUUUGCCGUGGGACCCCUGUUAGGACCGGUAAUUGGGCCAGUUAUUGGUGGCUUUGUGGCGGAGACGAUUGGCUGGCGAUGGACGUUCCGAAUUAUCUUAAUCAUGUCCGGCGUGUUCAGUAUCAUCUCUCUGAUCUUUCUGCGAGAAACGAACGCGAAGGUUCUGCUGCAGCGAAAGGCAGCGAACGUGCCAGAAAAAUCAACCACAGCAGCGGCUCCCUUAGACAGAGAGAGCCCGGGAAAGAUGCUCCGUGGCGCCAUCAUAAGACCCGCCAAGAUGUUGAUAUUCUCGCCGAUUGUACUGUUAAUCUCUCUUUACAGCGGCACACUGUUCGGUGUUAUUUUCCUUCUUUUCACCACCCUCCCGACCCUCUUCGAGUCACAAUACCACUUCGAUAUCGGAGUUGCUGGUCUGGCCUAUCUAGGCCUUGGACUAGGCAUGAUCAUCGGUCUAGUACUGUUCGCCGUUCUCAGUGAUAAACUUCUUGGCCAGAAGCGAGGUGGUACAGUCACCCGACCUGAAGAGCGACUGAUUCUGAUGAAAUGGUUUGCACCAAUCACCCCGGUGGGAUGUUUUAUCUACGGAUGGAGCGCAUACUAUCAUGUCCACUGGAUGGUUCCUAUUGUGGGUACUUUUGUGAUCGGACUUGGAGCUUUGUUCAUCGUCAUGCCAGCUCAGGUCUACUUGGUGGAUUGCUUCGGGGCUGAAGCAGCGGCGUCGGCCUUGGCCGCGAAUCUCGUUGUCCGAAGCCCCUUUGGAGCCUUUCUUGCACUCGCUGCCUCGCCUAUGUAUGAAAAGUUAGGCCUUGGGUGGGGAAAUAGCAUCCUUGGCUUUAUUUGUCUGGCGUUCACCCCGGUACCUUGGCUGUUUUACCGCUAUGGUGAAUAUUUACGUACUCACUUCACCAUCACCCUUUGA